UGAGUGAAAAAGUUGCAAUUGAACAAUUAACAACAUUUAACUUUUUCUUUAUUACCUUAUUUCAUCUUUAAUUAGUGUAAUUAAAUUUACUAAAUGUUGAUUGAUAAUCAAGAGUAUUCACUAGUGUUUACACUAAUAGAAUUAACUCUAAAUUGAUAACGUUUUUGUGUCUUAGUGGUUGGCUUUUUUUGUGUCUCUUUCUCCUUUUACUUUAUCUCUUUUCUCUUUCUUUUCUUUCUCUAUCUCUUUCUCUGUUUGUGUGUCUUCCUCUUUUUUUGGUUUUCUUUCUCUCUCUCUCUCUCUCUCAUCAACAUCAAAACAAUUAAAAAUAUAGAUUCAAUCACUGCUGCUGUUGGUUAAUUAUUUUCUACUUGUGGUUAUCUACUUUGUGUGUCUCUUGGUUGCUGGUGUUAAAUAUUUUUGUUUUAUUCUAUUCUCUUUUUUUGGUUUGUUCUCUUUCUCAACCUACUCCUCUCUCUCUCUCUCUCAUCAUCAUCCCGUCAUCGUGGAUAUAAUUGCUAAGAAAAGGUGAUAAGAAGCCAACUGUUUUCUUGCUUUAAGAAAUGGCUUCUUUCUUGGAUAGAAUUGGUAAAAUAUUUAAAGGCAGUAGUGUUAAUGAGGUGAAAAGAAAAAAGAUUUGCCAUAAUAUUCGAUUUAAUGAGAAUCCUGAGGAUUUUUGGACUCUAGUCGGUGAACUUGGUGAUGGUGCUUUUGGUAAAGUUCAUAAGGCACAUCACAAACAAACAGGACGUUUUGCAGCCGCAAAAAUUUGUGAACUUAAAGGAGAAGAUGAAUUGGAAGAUUUUACAGUUGAAAUUGAUAUUCUCAGUGAAUGUUGCCAUGAAAAUAUUGUUCAACUUUAUGAAGCCUUUUUUCAUGAUGAAAAACUUUGGAUUCUCAUUGAAUUUUGUGAAGGUGGAGCCAUUGACAGUAUCAUGUUUGAUUUAGAUAAACCCUUAACCGAACCACAGAUACGUUAUGUGUGCCAUGAAAUUUGUAAAGGCCUUUCCUUUCUCCAUCGGAAAAAAAUAAUCCACCGUGAUCUUAAAGCUGGAAAUGUUUUAUUGACUUUGGAUGGAGGUGUUAAAUUAGCCGAUUUUGGUGUAUCAGCAAAAAAUAACCAUACCCUGCAAAAACGUGACUCGUUCAUUGGAACACCUUAUUGGAUGGCUCCCGAAGUUGUUAAAUGUGAAGCUUUUCGUGAUAACCCAUAUGAUUAUAAAGCAGAUAUUUGGAGUUUAGGAAUUACCUUAAUUGAAUUUGCCCAAAUGCAACCUCCUAAUCAUGAAAUGGCUCCAAUGAGAGUAUUACUCAAGAUUCAAAAAUCUGAUCCACCGCGUUUAGAUCGUCCCAGUCGCUGGUCCAGAGAUUUCGUCUCUUUUAUCGAUAAAUGUCUUACCAAGGAUCCCGUCCAACGUCCCAAUGCCGAUGAAUUAUUGAAACAUCCUUUCCUAUCAAAAGCCAUAGAUUCAAAGCCUAUUCGUGAUUUAAUCAGUGAAUAUAAAGCUGAAAUUGUAGAGGAAGUACUAACCACGGAUAACGAAGAAGAAAGUUCUGAGAUUUCGACCAACACUGUGGAAGGUGAAUCCCGGAAGCAAAUUGAGUCAUCUAAAGAAAGUACCGUCAAUGAAUCAGGAGGAACUGAACAACAGCCAUCAAACCCACCGAAUAAUAUUAAAAAUAAGCCAAAAGCUCCACAACCACCACAACCCCCACCACCACCACCGCCGCCUCCUCCGACUGUGCCUUCAUCUUCAUCUUCAAUCAGACCACCACCUCAGUCCCUUUCAUCAUCACCAACAGCAACAACAACAACAACACCGCCUUCACAAUCAAAACCACGUGAUAUGCUUGAAAGAACUCGAAUAAAUCAAAAAGAUCAAAGUGAAAGUAGCAGUAACAAAGUGCCUUCAAAACAAAGUGAAACUGAUCCCAAUAAAGAAAUUAGAGAAUCAACAAUUUGUAAUAAUAACAAUUCUAGCAACAACAAAAGACCAGCACCUAAACCACCCUGUUCAUCAGAAAAUAAUGUUGACCUGGUUAAAGACAAAAAGGAAGAUUCACCUUAUUUACCUAAUAAAGAGAUUAUCAAAAAUGGUGAUCGUAAAAAAGAGUCACCUGAAAAGGAUAACAAUUUAGUGUCAGUUGGUUCAAAAGAGAAAGGAGAAAUUGUCGAACGAAAUAAUCGUUCAUCUGGUGCAUCUUCCAGUGAGCAUGAUACAAGUGAAAAUAAGUUUAAAUCUAGUGAAGAAUCAGGAUUUACCCGUUACGAGGCCGAUGGACCAAAAAGUGUAGAUAUUUCAUCUUCAUCAAACUACAAUGUAAACCAAGAAGCAAUCGGUGAAGUAACAGUCUCAUCGGAUCAUAGUACUAUCAUUGAUAAUGUUCAUGGUGAUUCAAAUAUAACGGAUUCUAGCCAUGUGUCCAUAGUGUCCAUUGAUUAUGGUAAAGAUUUAGCCAAUCGAUCAGAUCGUGAUAAACUAGAGGAUUUAGUUGAUCUAAUGAAUUCAACUAAUGAAAAUAAUUUUAAUGGUCGUGGGACUAAAUCAUCUUCAUCACUUAUCUCAUCACCUAAAAGAUAUACACCCGAUUUAAUCUGUUCCCGUGAUGGUGAUAAAACUGGUACCUCAACUGUUGAUAGUGAAAGAGAAUUGAUAAUAAUUUCUAACGAAAAUUUAAAUUCAGACCUUACAACAAGUCCAACAACAGCAUUUAAAAUGAAUCAUCGUCGUGAUACAUCAACAGAUAAUAAUGAACUAGAUGAUCAUGUUUCCGUUAAAACAAUCUCAUCAGAUAGCUCCAAUAGUGGAAAAAGGAUUAAAGUAAAUCUUAAUCUUGUCUCUGAUAGAGAGGAAACCGAGCCCGGUACCGAUAGUUCAGAAUCUGAGAUGAACAGGAAUUCCUAUGUUUCACCAAGAUCUUCAAUGAGUCGUCAAAGUGUUAAUUCAAGUUCAGCUUCUUCAAAUAUUAGAAACAGUCUUCAUGAAAAUGUUCCUACAUCAACUACACAAUCAAAAACAAUUAACAAUUCCUCAAUUACUGAUUCACCUUCAAGAUUAAAUAUUCACUCUCGUAUGUUAAAACGGGAAUCAUCGGACACCGGAAGUUGUACAAGUUUUGCAAGUUUAAAUAGUGAUAAAGAAAAUCGAAAUGGAACUGAUGAUGAUCAGGUAGCAAUUCGUAAACGGAGAUCUGAUAAAGAAAAUGGUAAUGUAAAUAAUCAUCUGAAAAAAUCGAACGCUUUUAAUGCUGCCCAAAAGAAAACACUGACCAGGGUCAGAAAAUUUGUAAUCGAUGGUGAAACAUUUACAACCACCACGAGUAAAGUUAUUUACGGUGAUGAGGAUAAACCAAGAGAUGACCAUGUUUUAAGAAAACAAGAAUUACGUGAAUUGAAGAUGCUUCAAAAACUGGAGCAGAAGCAAUUCCAAGAUUUGGCCCUUAAAGCUCAACUGGUUCGUGAACAAGCAGAGAAACGAUUCGAGCAAGAAGUGGCCACUUUAUUGCGAAGCUAUGAAGCCGAUUUGGAGGCUCUCAAUCGAACCCAAAAAAAUCUAGUUGAAAAAGCUGAACAACAGCAAGAGUUAGAUCUUAAAUUUGCAUCGAAAAAGAUUCGUAUGGACCAAGAGCGAGAGAUGAAAGCAUUUAAAGAAGCACUUAAACAAGAAGUUAAGCAUUUAAAAGCGGAAAUUGAUCAACUUCCAAAAGAUAAACGUAAAGAUAUCUGGAGAGUUCGUAAAGAAGAGCUUGAUGCUGACCAAAAUGAGCGUGAGCGGUUGUUUAUGGAGAAGCUCAAUGAAACUCAUGAUAUCGCAAUGAGACGGAUGAGUGAAACUUUCCGGAAAAAGAUUGCCGAUCUAGAGAGACAAUUCUUACAGCAGAAACAAUUGUUACUCCGCCGACGGGAAGCUGCAAUCUGGGAACUCGAAGAGCGUCAAAUGCAUGAGAAACAUCAACUCGCUAAGCGACAGCUGAAGGAUAUUUUUUUCCUCCAAAGACAUCAGAUUAUCACUCGUCAUGAAAAAGAACUUGAACAAUUGAAACGUAUGAGCCAAAGACAAGAAGAUCAACUAUUGAAACGACAAGCCGUCGAGAGGCGACAACUACCCAAACACAUUCGAGCUGAAAUGAAGGCUCGUGAGCUUAUGUUCAGGGAGAGCUUAAGAUGUAGCAGUGCAAAUUUAUCCAAUGUUGAGGAUGAACGGGACAGAAUCCGGAAAUGGCAGGAGAGUGAAAAAUUGAGGUACAAAGCUCAACAACAGGAGCAAGAAAAUAAACACCGGAAACAAUUGGAAGAUCUGAGAGCAGCAUCGGAAGCAGCUAUCAGAGAAUUAGAACAUUCUCAAAAUGAGAAAAGAAAAGCUCUGAUGGAACAUGAAACAAUUAAACUAAAACAAUUACAAGAAGAACAUAAUAAUGAAAUUAAUAAUUGGAAAGCCAACUUGAAACCUCGUAAACAGAAAUUGGAAGAGGAAUUUGCCCGACAGCGAGAGGAACAAGAACGUUUCUAUGGUAAUACCAAUUUCCUGAACGAUUUUGCAACCGCCAUUGAAAAGUGCAACAUCCAUGGGCACGGGCACUCUCACCAUACAGGUUCAAGCAAUUCCCCAGCAUCAACUCCGGGUGUUGAUUUAUCAUCUAACAAUUAUGCUCUUUGAUAAACUUUUCUAUUGGUACAACUUUGGUACUAGAUUUAUCUUCCUAUCUCUUUCUAUUGGUUUAACCUGUUAUUUGUCUUUCGUCUUCAUCUUUAUCCAAAAUCAUCAUAUUUUCAUCACCAUUUUCAUAAUUAUUGUCACAACUUGCAAAUCAUCAAUAACCAACUGACAAUCACCAUCUUCCAUCGUCUCUUUUUGUCCCUUUCAUCAAAAUCAAACUCAUCUUCCCAACUCUCGCAAUGUAUCAUCAUCAUCAUCAUCAUCAUCAUGAUCAUCAUUUCCUCUUUUGUCAAGACUCCAGUUGAUCAAAUGCUACAAAUUAAAAAGCGCAAAAGGAAACACCCGAACAGCAAGAAAACAAAAACUAAACCAAAAUUAGAGUCAAUUUUUUAAUCGUCAUGUAAAUUGAACAAUCAACAGACAAUUAAUAAACUAACCAACAAGAUCAAUUAAUCUUGAUAAUUGAUGAAAAAUAAAUGUCAUCUUCCAAAACUUUCCCAACUCUAACAUCAACAACAAUCAAGAGGCUAAUUUAAUACCGUUAUAAGAAUGAAAACAAAAACUCAACAAAUUGUUUCAAACAAUUGUAAUUAAAACUAAUCAAUGAAUAAAAAAAAACAAUUUCCAAACCAAAUAAA